UUGUGUGACAUUCGUCGGCGGCGAUGGACGUCUAUGACUCUUCAGACGAUGACCGCGGACCUGUCCUACAGGUAGAGGACACAGGGGAAGAGUUUGAUCUUGAUGUCCCCCCGACAACAGGAAACGAGUACCUCCGGCGAGUGCAGUAGGCUUGAGGCACGCAGUUGUCCAAAAGUGGUUGUAGCUGAUAUUGACACAAGUCAGUAUCUGCAGAAGCAAACCAUUCAGCUGGUAGAGACACCUGGUUGCCAUCCUCCACCUAAAGGAUUUGCACCAUCAUUAUCUUGGCAAAAAGCUCAAGCUGCCAAAUUUUCAGGAGUCCGACAAAGCUUUGCAAGACACAAGGCCAAGUGUAAGAUGUCUGGAGAAAUUUCUAUCAGAAGGAAGAAACUGCCGCAUGCUGAGGAUUAUGAGGCUUGGUGUAGACUUUGUUUUGGUCGCCUUUUAACAAAGAUGUCCCAGCAGGCUGUAGAAGCUGUACAGGAGGGUGAAGACAACCAGCCAAAAUUCACAGGAACUCCACCCCUUCUCAGCAUAAUUGUUGGCAUGGACCAGACUUCUGUCAUCAGAGUGCUUGAAUACCAUAUUAACUGGUUUGAAGCUACUGGUUUUACAACAGAACAGGGUCGGUGGUUUUACGCUCUUCUGGCUAGCUUGGAGAAGCCAUUAAGGCCAGAAGCAUGUGCGUUACUUCGCUCCCUUGCCAGACACUGUGCAACUCUUCGUGCCACUCUUGAUAGUCCCGCAGACCCUUUGUUGAUACAGCUUAAUCUCCUGAUAACACUGAUCACACGUUACUUUGACCAGGGCGAUCUGGCAGACAAUGGCUAAGGGAUUCCAGCUAAAAUGGAUACAGUCUGCAUCACUUCAGUGGAUGGAGAUCUUGGUUUUUUUGUUUCUACUUGCGAUGUGUAUGAUUCAAUACAUCAUUAAGGACACUCACUGUAUUCUGCUGAGUUAUAUUGCUUGCUCUUGUUAUUUGGCUGAAAAGUGGACAUGUGUACAUGUAAAUAGAAAACGCCAUUGUUUUGUGUUGCAAGAGAGACUCAUGGUUCACCUAAAGGCUAUAUAAUCUAUUAGUCACGUUCAGAAGCUGAAGAAGCAAUUUUGUUUUUUGUGGUAAAGCGCACAAUGUCAGAAGUCCACCUUUAAAUGCCAAUGGAAGCAUUGUUUUUCCCGUUCAGACUACACAGACACUUACUGUCACAGAGGGACCGCAUUGAGUCUCCACACGGAUACUUGUGAUGAAACGAAUUAUACCAAGGACUGUUACUUCUUGUUACCUCGCUUCGCGCUCAGUACUGAGGUUAAAGCAAGGCCUCGUCGUCAUACUAGUAUCCUGAAAAAUUGUUACGACGUAAAACC